AUGCAAAAAUUAGUCCGCAAAAACUACUUUGUGAUAACCAAUAAGUACCUUUUUAAGAUUAACUGUACAAAUAUGGAGAAUUGUAACUACUUAACCAACUUCAAAAAAUAUUGUCUCGAUCAACUUAACUACAUUUACGCGGCCUGGAACGCUUUAGUUUCAUAUUCAAAUAAAUUAGAGGAAGAAAACAAAGCUUUGAAAGAAGAAAAUAACACUUUAAAAGAAGAAAGGGAUUUGGCGGACAAAAAACUUGAAGAAAUGAUUCAAGUGUUCAACACAUUUAUUAAUCAAGACGUCAAGCAGCGCAACAUUUUUGAAGAAAUUGAAAGUCCAGAAAAUGUAAGGAGGUUUUUUAGACUUAGGGGAAGAGGGAGGGGACUAACAUAA